AUGGGAAAAGCAGAAGUCGGAUCGGUGAAGCACCUAAACAAUCAGAUGAAGGCCAGAGGCCUGACUCGAUUGCGAUGGUAUUGUCAGGUAUGCGAACGUGCCCUGCGAGACGAGAACAGCUUCAAGCAACACACCCUAAGCGAGAGCCAUGUGCGCAACAUGCUUGCAGUAGGCUCCAACCCGCGCAAGGUCAUCAACGAAUACUCGGAUCAGUUUCUCAAGGACUUCCUACAGCUUCUGCGCACGGGACACGGCGAGAAACAGGUGCAGAUCAACCACUUCUACCAGGAAUACAUUGCGAAACGCGACCACAUCCACAUGAACUCCACCCGCUGGUCCUCGUUGACCGAGCUAGCUAAGCACCUCGGCCAGGAGAGCAUCUGUCGCGUCGAGGAGAACGAGAAGGGCAUCUUCAUCUCAUGGAUCGACACAUCGCCCGAGGCGCUGCGACGACAGGAAGCCUUGCGGAGGAAGGAAGCACAAGACCGUGGCGAUGAGGAGUGGGAGCGGCGAAUGCUAAAGGCACAGAUUGAGCGCGCCGAACGAGCGGCAAAGGAACGUCGUGGAGACGAACAGGCCAGCGAGGAUGAGGACGAGGAGGACGACAAGAACAACCUUCUGGAGCGACAGGAGGGCGAAAAAGUGAAGCUCUCGUUUGGAAGCGCAAAGCCUGAAUCCACGGCGGCCAAAGAGGCAAAAGCUCCACCAGUCUCCGAUGAACAACAGCCUGCAUCUGGUGUGAAGGCAGAAGACGAGGCCGGAGUCGAUAAGAAGACGGAGCCGGCUGGCUUGGCGGCACCAGCAGCUGUUCCCACAGCCGCAAAACCAGUGUCGCUCAAGCUCGGCGGGUUGAGCAAGCCGCAGCCCAAAAACGUCUUUGCUGCUGCGAAAAAGAAUGCGUUAUCCGGAGGGGGGGGCAAGAAGAUUGAAUUGCCUAAGAAGAUGAGCGAGGCUGAGCGCAUCAUGAAGGAAGAGCUGGAACGAAAGCGGUCGCGCGACUUUUCCAGCCAUGGAGCCGGCCGCUCCAGCGGACCAAACAAGAAGCCAAGGGUCUAG